UCCAAAAGAUGUCAAUGGCAAUGAUCAACAAGUCAGAGGAGGCCGAAGAAGACACUUGGAGCACAAUGACUCCUCCUGACAAAAGAUCUAAAUAUGGAUGGAGAUCUCAAUGUCCAGUGUGGUGGAUCAGAGCUGCUGCAGUGUGUCUGGGACUCCUGCUGCUGCUUGUGAUCUUGGGCUUGGUGGCCCACAAUGCCAGUGCUAUCGGUCAGCAGGACUCACUGCUGGAUCAUCUGAUGAAGCGUGAAAAGCUGAUUCACAACCUGACGACAGACAACAGCGCUCUGAGAGAUGAGCUGAAUCAGAUGAAGGUUAAGUCCAGCAGACUGACAAAAGAGAUGGAAGAGCUGCAGAGAGAAUACAAGACUGUGGUUGCAAGUCGAGACCACUUACUGCAGGAAUACACAACUUUAAACAGCAGUUCAGCAUAUGCGCUGGCCAGUGCUAUCAGUCAGCAGCACUCACUGCUGGAUGAUCUGAAGAAGCGUGAAAAGCUGAUUCACAACCUGACGACAGACAACAGCGCUCUGAGAGAUGAGCUGAACCAGACGAAGGUUAAGUCCAGCAGACUGACAAAAGAGAUGGAAGAGCUGCAGAGAGAAUACAAGACUGUGGCUGCGAGUCGAGACCACUUACAGGAGGUCAAAAUGUUAAACAGCAACACAACAUGUAAAGUUUGUCCAUCUGAAUGGAUACCAUUCGACAACAAGUGCUACUACGCUUCUCCACGAGGAAAGACUAAGAACUGGGAGGACAGCAGGAAGGACUGUCUGCAGAGGGGAGCUGACCUGGUGAUGCCGACCACAAGAGAAGAGCUGAACUUUGUGACCAGAAUUUACGACAGAACCUGGAUCGGUUUGUCUGACAAAAAAAACGAGGGAAAGUGGCUCUGGGUGGAUGGAUCUGAGCUGCAGACGGGGUUCUGGCAGACUGGAGAGCCCAAUAAUGAAAGAAAUGAGGACUGUGCAGAGAUCUCACGGACAACCGGGGAGUGGAAUGAUGUCCUUUGUAGUAGUAAACUACCUUGGAUUUGUGAGGAUUAAGAUGCAAGAGUUUGUCUUUCAGCAGCACAUAGCUUAUCAUUCAUACCUUUAAAGUCAUACAUUCAUAUUCUACUGCCUCCUGAAGGUCAAUAUUGGAUUGAAUAUUGGAUGUCUGCACUGUAAUCAAAAGCUUUUAGUCCAAUUAGAACUUAGAAAUAGAUAAUAGACUUACUGCUAAUAAUUACCAUUUCUCUUGUAAUUUUAUAUCAUAACAAGUCCUUCAAAUGUUCUGCUACUUUCCAGUUUAUCUUGCUAAUUUAUUUUCUAAAUAAAAAAAACACUAAAAUAAAUGAAAAUGUAACAUACAAACUAAAAUUAUACUGAAAACACUUUAAGAAGUCAUUUAUUUCAGUUAUUUUACAGCAUUUUUAUUUUACAUAUUUUUAAAUUGUUUUUGCAAUACUCAAAAAUGUCAAUAAAAUUGCAAAAAUACACUUUUAAUUUUCAUGUCUAUUGCAAAAUAAUGCUAACAAUUGUAUCUGUGAGUAAUCAAAAAAUUUCAAAUGCUUAAAGAAUUUUAUUUUUCUUUUUUAACAGACAUUUAUUUUACAAUUUCUCUCUCUCUCUCUCUUUCUCUCUCUCUCUCUCUCACACACACACAUACAUACACAUAUAUGUAUGUGUGUAUAUAUAUACACACACACAUACACAGUCCUGUAUAUAUGUACAUAUAUGUGUUUUAUAUAUAUAUAUAUAUAUAUAUUUUGUGACAGUUUGUGGGGGGUAACAAUUUAUCUAAAUUUAUUUAUUCUUUGGUGCCAGAAAGCUAUCU